AUGGCACCUGAAGCCAACGUAACAGAGAUCACUGCCGAUUUUGUCAUUGUCGGCGGUGGUCUGUCGGGCUUAGUUGUGGCAUCACGACUAAGCGAGAAUCCGAAUGUAACAGUUGUUGUCAUUGAGGCCGGCUUGGAUCGUCGGGGGGACCCAAGAAUCGACACGCCUGGGCUUAUGACCACGCUCUAUGACGACCCAGCGUAUGACUGGAAGCACAUCACCGUCCCCCAGAGCACGGCAAACAAUAGGCAGAUUUCUUGGCCUAGGGGUAAGGUCCUUGGUGGAACAUCAGCAAUGAACUUUUCUGCCCUUGUCUAUCCGGCAAAAAGCGAUUUUGAUAACUGGGCAACUUUAAUAGGAGAUCAGAACUGGAAGAGUGAGGGGAUCAUGCCAUACCUGAAAAAGUUCCAUGCAUACCAGAAACCUAGCCCAGAACUUAAAAAGCGUAUGAUGAUGGACUGGGUGGAUGAGGAGGCGCAAGGCUAUGAAGGUCCUCUGUCGGCUUCUUUUACCGACGAAUUAGGCCCAUUUAAUGAGGCAUGGAUGAAAACCUUUGCAAAAUUAGGUUUCAAUCUUCCCGGCGAUCCUAUUGCAGGCAAGAAGCAAGGAGUCUUCCAGAAUCCGCUAUGCAUCAACAAAGGCGUCCGGGCUUACUCGGCAUCGGCUUACUAUGAUGGCGAAGUUGCCAAGCGGCCAAACUUGACCAUCAUCACGGAUGCGCUCGCGGAGAAGAUCAUUCUGCAGAAGGCCAACGAGGACUCCAGCAUGAUUUCCGCGACGGGAGUGCAAUUUGUCGACUCAAAAGGGACGAGGCAGACUGCCAAAGCUACAAGAGAGGUCAUUGUGGCAUGUGGCGCGAUCAAGACACCGCAACUUCUCGAAUUGUCUGGUAUCGGCGCGGGCGAUCUUCUGUCAAAGCACGGCAUUGAAGUGGUUAUCGACAACGCAAACGUCGGGGAGAACCUCCAGGACCACGUGCUCGCGAGCAUCAGCUUCGAAGUCGCAAACGACUUGGUGUCUGGAGAUGUCAUGAGGAACCCCGAAAUCGUCGGUGCCGUGACGAAUCUCUAUCAAGAGACGCACACAGGGCCUUUGAGUGGCACGCCUCUCAGCUUCGCAUACACUCCGCUUGUCGGCAGUUCUGGGGUGAUCCCCCAGGCUGACGUGGAGGCACUACUACGUGACCACCUUGACGGCGUCUCUUACAACGCGCCUGGUCAAAACUUGGGGAAACAGCACGGGAUCCUACGCAAGCAACUCUUGGACUCCCGCGAAUCCAGCAUCGAGUUCAUGUAUCUUCCGCUGCAGCUAAAUGGCAACGGUUCAGAUGCGCUAACGGACAUGACGAAGCUCUUCAGCAAGUCUCAUGACGGGAAUUACAUCACCAUCGUCGCCAUGCUUAUGCAUCCGUUCUCAAGAGGCGACAUCCACAUAACCUCGGGCGAUCCAACUGAGCAGCCACGCUUGGAUCCACGAUACCUGACACACCCGAUCGACAUAGAGCUGCUCGCCCGCGCCUUGCUGUUCGUCAGGAAGAUUGCCCAAACGGAGCCGUUGGCCAGUAUGUUGAAGCCCAGCGGGCGCCAAAUACCUCCAGCGAGGGAAGAAGUACCCCGGGACUCAGGGGCAAUGGAGUCAGGUGCUCUGUAUGAGGACUUGGAAGAUGCAAAACACGUUGCUCGCGAAAGGCUGUUCACGGCCUUUCAUCCAUCCGGGACCUGUGCCAUGCUGCCUCUGGAAGAAGGAGGAGUUGUUGACAGCCGCCUUCGAGUAUAUGGGACAGCGAACAUCAGGGUGGUGGAUGCGAGCGUGUUCCCUAUUGAGCCGCUUGGCCACGUACAAUCCACAGUAUAUGCCGUCGCAGAAAAGGCUGCGGAUCUGAUAAAGGAGGACUGGGCUCGAUCUCUGUAG